UAUUUAAGAUACAGAACAAGCAAAUGGCUUCACACAACUGUCCCUCGCUCGGUCCAGAGACCACAAGUGGCGAUGAAAUUCCUCAAAGAUCUCCUGCUCUCCUCCUCCUUCCUCCUCCUCCUCCUCCUCCUCCUCCUCCGCUUCUCCAUCUUCGCCCAAUCGGAUGAUACCGAGUGCGUGUACACGGUCUACGUCAGGACCGGCUCGAUCAUCAAGGGCGGGACUGACUCCAUCGUCAGCCUUCGGCUCUACGAUGCGUACGGGGAGGGCAUCGGCGUGAGGAACCUCGAGGCCUGGGGCGGGCUGAUGCCCCCGGGCCACAACUACUUCGAGAGGGGGAACCUGGAUAUCUUCAGCGGGCGGGGCCCAUGCCUCCCCGCGCCAAUCUGCGCCAUGAACCUGACCUCAGACGGGUCUGGCCCGCACCACGGGUGGUACUGCAAUUACGUUGAGGUCACGUCCACGCGCCCCCACGUUCCGUGCUCACAGCAGCAGUUCACAGUCGAGCAGUGGCUGGCCCGUGACACGUCCCCUUACGAGCUCACUGCGAUCAGGAACUACUGCCCAGAUGGCGGUGUUGGGAAGGGAGCGAGCCGGGCUAAGGUUGGGCCCGGUUCGGGAUCUGCUGCAGAGUGACUGAGCGUUCCGGCGUAAUUUAUGUUGUGUGAUUGUGGAGAGGCACUGGUUGUGUGUGUUUGUACCGUGAGGUGUGUUCCGAGUAUCAUUCUGUAAUGCAGGAUCGGAUCGGAUGUAUCACUCAUAAUGCUAUCUAUUGUAGACAUUUCGACAUUCCUGGAUGCCGAUGGUGACGUUUUAUACCGAAUAAUUUCGUUCUCAGUACGUGUCUCCGCAUAUGAGGUCUCCGAAAUUUCAUCUAUGCUUACUAGUGCCUCAUAAUUCUUCGUAAA